AGUGCAAUCAGUAAGGAUCAGUCUAAAGUUCAUGACACGAUACACCAAUAGACUAUUAGACAAAGCAGAGGAUUGAGACAAGGACCACAUCUGGAGACUGUGUGCAUGUUAGUGUGGCAGCUGAAGCAGGACUACGACAGCAGAGGAAAAACACCAAACAGGACGGUUUUAUCCAAUCGAGACACCUGCUGGAGCCGGAACCUGACGGAGGGAGGAGAUGGACAUCCUUGAGACACAUGCUUACGACAGGAGGAAGAAGAGAAACAUGUCCUGUGCUCUCUUUGUCUCCCUCUUGCCUUUCUUUUUGUCCUCUGCUCUUUACUUCUAUUUGUGGACUCCUGACUCCAAAGCCUCGCUCAUGACAGCAGGUGUCAAAUCAGCACCGGCGCUCUUGUUAGCCGCAGCGGUGCUGAGCUGGAAGGGAGGUCAAAGUGUCAUGGGUGUGGCCGGCGGACUGCUCUUCUCUGCUGUUGGCGACUGCUGCUUGGUGUGGCCUGAGCUUUUCCUGCACGGAAUGGGAGCUUUUGCUGUGGCUCAUCUACUCUACUCACUGUCCUUCCUGUCCAGUCGCUACACCGCAUACACCUCCUCCUUUACGCGUUUUCUAUACCUGAUCCUGACCGUGUUCGGGGGAGGUUUCUACAUCUAUCUAUUUCCAUUCCUGCAGAAGGCGCCAGACUCUCACCUCCUAACUCCAGGGGUGGGGAUCUACAUCCUGUUACUCACACUGAUGGCUGCUUUGGCUUUUCGGACUCAUCAUGUUGCAACUCUCUUAGGAAGUUUGUCCUUCAUGGUGUCUGAUGCUUCAUUAGCUCUGCAGGUUUUCAACGUGGUACAACCGUUUCAGUAUGGACACAUCGUUGUAAUGGUGACCUAUUAUUUGGCCCAGUUAUUGAUUGCUGUGGGAGAUGUGAAGGCAGAGGAGAAUGGGGAUGACUUUUCAAAGUGGAAGAGAUCCUAGACAGUUACCACUCUGACACGAAACAAUAUUUAAAGUGCCGGAUCUAAAUAUUUAUUUUCUGUGAUUUAAUGUUAUAAAAUGUUGUCGAUUUUUUAGAGCUAACUUGUAACGGUAAAUUUGACAGAAUGAUGUAGCUGAUACAUAAAUGAAUAAAGAAAUGACUUCUUGUUGAACCUUUA